CUCCCAUCACCGAAAAUCAUCGAGAAUGCCAUCCUCAUAAUGCCAAACGAUCUAUCCAAUCAUCAGAAGAAAUCAGGCAUUCGCACAUCUCUCGCCUGUCAGCCAUGUCGAUACAAGCAUUUACGCUGCGAUGCACGCAAACCCGCCUGUUCCCCCUGCACCGCUGACAGAAAGCAGUGCGUCUAUCCGCAUUCCCGGCGGCGGGGGAACAAGAGUGCGCCGCAGUCUACACCAACGCUUACGGUGGGAAAUGAGUCGACAGAGAGCCGUGUUGAGGCCCCAUCACGUUCGGUGACUUCUAGGAGUAGUGAUAUCAGCGGACAGAGCGAGAAUGCUGAUCAGCUUCUGGCACUUUAUUAUGUCUUCUUCCAUGCGGCCCAUCCGUGUGUUCUUCCAUGUCAGUUCUUGAAGUUGCGGCAAAUGGAGGAUGCUAUACAGCCGCUCCUGCUGGUGAUGCAGUAUAUUGGCUCUAUUUUCGCAUCAUCAAUACCCGAAGGGCAAUAUGAAGACAAAGUCCAAAGAGCAUUAAUCGACAUUCAAAUGAGAAACUGUCCCAUUACUGGAUUCGAUGUACAAGCCGUGCUUCUCUACGCGAUUGCCAUAUAUUGGUGUAACGAUACCGACCGUGGUACGGAUAUUCCUGUAUCCAGAACUCUGCAACAGUAUGACAACCGGGAGUUCAUGGCGGAUGAAAUGGAAUUCUCCUCUUAUGCAGAGCUCAUCGGGCUGACCAGGGGCAUUGAUAUGGCUCUGUCGUCUAGUUCUUCUAAUAUACAGAUCUACAAUUCCAUGUGUGCAAAGUCUGACACCAGCAUGGCAGCAUGGCAUUCUCUUCUCCCUUCGUCUAAAAGAUCUUUGAUCCGGCCAGAUGGCUCCCUAGAUGAAGUCAUGUUCAAAGCGCAGUUUAUCAUGCAUACCCCGAUUGAAUCAGUAUCAAGAUGCGCCCCUCUCGCUCCAUCGGACAAUCUGCGCAGUUCCAGCACAUCCGAAUGCCAGCUGCACACGGUGAAAUGCUUAUGGGCGAUUGACCAUCUUGACCAACUAUUGACACUGCCUACCAAUAUCACCACCCACUCCCCAUUUAUCAUAUGCAUGAUUGCCAAUGCUACCAUCGCGCAUUUAGCUGCUUGCCGUUUUGUCUAUCAUGGGGAAAAACUACGCAUCGCCCGCGAGAAAAUCCGGUUAACUAUGGGCACGUUAAAGGUCCUCAGCGAAUACUGGCUGUUGGGAAAACGAACAUAUCGGGAAAUCGGCAUCAUCGCAAGGGAGAUACUGUCUAUAACGUAGAAUACAGCGGCUGAAUCAUUGGACAUUCAACAGCAAUCUAUCGAAUUUCCUCUGUUGGAGCCAUUCCCAGACAACUUUGACUUUUGUAC